AUGGACCCAACUCUGCAGUCUCACCAGCUCCACCAGCUGGGCCAGCCUCAGUCUCAAAUGGUGUCUCAGUUCCAGCAGCCACAUCUGCAGCAGCAUCUGCAGCAGCAUCUGCAGCAGCUUCAACAGCAGCAACAGCAGCAACAACACCAACAACAGCAGCAGCUCGACUCGGCCACUCCUCAGGAUGUCCUCGUUGAGGCGCGCAAGAACCUGCAGGUCCUGAUCGACUCGGGUCUGUCCAAGGAUCUGCUCCAUCAAUGGGUUGACGACGAUACCUUUUCUCUCCAGCUCUCAUUCCCCGGCCAGGCUCAGCCGUCCGCACCUACAUCCACUCCUCCGGCCUCUACCGCCACUCCCAUCCCCUCGCCGCUGCUGUCUCACCCCGUUUCUGUCUCGCCCACACAUCAGCUGCAGUCUCCCCAGGCUUCAGCUCUCGCUCCUCCUCUCCAUUCCACGACUCCGCAGAGCCAGAAUGCUACUCCGCCCGUUUCCGCCGCCGUCCACAGCUCUCCCGUCGCAUCUCUGUCGGCCUCAUCUGCCGCUACUUCUCCCAUUCCCGUCUCCAGCUCUGGCACUAUUGCCAGCUCGACAUCGCCCGGCGCGCCUCCUUCUAUCGCAAUAAUCAAAACAGAGCCCUCGUCCUUCGCUGACGAUGUGUCGAGGGCCUGGGCUGCUGCAGCCGUCCUGCCGCAAGCCCCGACUUCCAUGUCCGGAGCCCCUCAGGGCCAGGCAUCGCGGGUGGCUCCGGCAGGCGGCAUCGUCAAGUCUGAUGCCUCGACCUUCAUCUCGCCGUCGAUGCAGUAUCUUCACCACCGUCCUCGCAUCUCCGUCUCCUCAACCAGCUCUGGAUCUUCUGGCCAUGCUUCUGUGUGGUCAGUCAACUCGGCGCGGUCGUCCAUGUCCUGGGCAUCGGCUUCGUCUUCGCGCACUCAGGGGUCGCUUCCCAUGACUCCCGCCUCUUCCUCCGCCAACAAGACCAACAUUUACUGGUGUACCUCGUGCGAGACCAGCUUCAAGCGCAAGUAUGACUGGAAGCGCCACGAGGACGAGUUCCACGAGCGUUGGAGAAAAUACCCUUGCCCCGAGCCAGGCUGCAACCGCAGCUUCUGGGGCUCCAACUCGUUUAACCAGCACCACAAGCAGUGCCACGGCUGCAAGACCUGCCCUCACGCAGAAAAGGUGGUCAAGUUCCUCCGCAAGCGCAAGUACUGGGCCUGCGGCUUCUGCUCUGCUCUUCACCCUGCGCGCGAGCGACACGUUGAGCAUGUGGCUCGGCAUUUUGAGUCUGGCUUGGGCAAGGCUGAGUGGAUGCACUCAAGAGUCAUCUACGGUCUCCUGCAUCAGCCGCUUAUCCACGGCGCUUGGGAUGCUCUUGUGACGGCUAAGCAAGCUGAGUUUGGCGGACGCCGCCCUCAGUUCAGUUGGCACCCGAGCAAGACGGGGCGUGCUCAGGGAUUCCUGGAGAAGGAGAAUCCCGGCCAGCUCCAGGACCUGCUCGAGUUCUUCUCUGGCGAUGAAGGCGAGGCCCAAUGGAUCGUCAGCGUUGCCUUUGACCUGUCCGAUAUGGCCUUUGCGAGCGCUCAAACCCCAGCUCCAGCCCCUUCACCGCAGCCACAGUUUGCGCCCAAUGCGAUGGCUCCUCCCUCCGGCUUUCCGCAACAGCAGCAGCAGCAGGAUAGGCGCAUAUCUUUUGCACCAUUGCCCUCGCAAGCACCGCAGCAGAUGCUUGCGUCUCCCGCCUCUGCCACUUCGAAUCCUUUUGGCACAUCUCCCUAUCGAGCCUCGGCGGCCUUUGUUCCCUCCCAGGCUUUCCCUUCCUCAGUGCAACAGCAGCACUCGCCCAACCUAUCAACACCUUCUCCCAUGAACACUUCGCAGACUCAGCUUGACAAGCGGGAGCUACCACCUAUUCCUCAGGGUCACACCCCAUCCCUGACAGACGGCAUGAUGGACUUUGAAUAUUCUCCCGCUCCCGUCAUCUUUGAGGACUGGGAGAGCAUUGCGAGCUCAACCUUUCUAGACACAUCGGCACACCAUCAACAGCAAUCCAAUCAGGGCGGUGACUGGGGAAUAUCCCAGUUUUAUGGCAAUCCGAAUGUGAAUUGAUGAAAAGCGAAACCAAU